AAAGAGGAGGAAGAUAUUACAUUAUAUGACCGAAGGUCCGAUAUGAGUCAAAGAGACGUACCAGAUGGUUUCCUAACUACACGACAACCUAUCAGAGAUCAGGUUCAGAGACAUGAGGGAUAUGAAAGAGAUGAGGAUUUGCCUGUAGGAUGUGUACAUGUAGAAACAGUGAGUCUGAUUUCCCGGAAACCGGCACCAAAAGAGAAUGGUGCCGGCGACUGUCCUGAAGGGUUUACAAGAUGGAAGGGGAAAAUUGUCCGCAACUUUAAGAAAUUUAAAAAGACAGACCAUGCUGGCUCUCAAGGGUUACCUAAUAUUAUUGGAGGUAGUGAUCUUGAGGUGCAUGUUGCUAAAAGAUCAAAAGAGUUAGAUGAUUGGUUCAGGGAAUCUUUACAGACAGAAACAGAACACAAUGCUGAAGAGAAAAGGGCCCAGGAUUUGUUUGAUUUUGAUCCAAGUGCACGGCGAAGAGGGAGAUAAAAUUUAUGAACAUUUCAAAAUUUUUAUGAGUUGUGUUAUUUUCUUGAUUAAAACCUUCGUUUUGA